UCCCCUGCAAAACACCACCUCUCCCUACUCUCUUUUCAGUUUUCACUCACAAUCUGAUCUCUUUAGUUAUUCUCCAUCUUCUUCUUAUACUUCUACUUCUUCACUCAUCCUUCUAAUUGUAUUAUCAUCUCCAAGGGAAAGCAUACAAAAGUUAAAGUAGGGGUGAGCUCUUUUUUUCGUUUUGAAAGUGCAACUAUUAAAAUCUAGUGAGAGAGGGCAGUCCUUUAUAUUCCUAGGACAUAUAUAUAUAUACAGAGAGAGAGAGAGAUGAAGGAGAGUGGGAGGAAGCAGGGAGUAGCAUCACCAUGCGCAGCAUGCAAGCUUUUGAGGAGAAGGUGUGCCCAAGACUGUGUAUUUGCUCCUUAUUUUCCUGCAGGUGAGCCCCAGAAGUUCGCUAAUGUGCACAGGGUGUUUGGUGCUAGCAAUGUCAACAAGAUGCUCCAGGAACUACCGGUGCAUCAACGGGGCGACGCGGUUAGUAGCAUGGUGUAUGAGGCCAACGCCAGAGUACGUGACCCGGUUUACGGGUGUGUCGGAGCCAUAUCAGUACUACAACAACAAAUAGACACCCUUCAAACUCAAUUGGCCCUAGCACAGGCAGAGGUGGUGCACCUCCAGGUGAGGCAGACCACAUCGUUUCCACAUCGUGGGUUCGGCACUGGAAGCCCAAGUAACAGCGGGUCACCCUCAUCCAGGUUCAUGGGUUCACAAGAUAAGACCAGUUUUGACAUAAAUAUGAUAGUUGACCAGGGUAGCUUGGGAGAGUCAAUGUGGUCAUGCUAGCUUAAUUAUACCACAUACAUAUAUGCUACAUUUUUGUCACCCUAUGCUUAGUUUCCCUCUUAUUAUUAUCCCUACAUCAUUUUAUAUACAGCAAUGACAAAAAGAGAGGCGGUGGUGAUAGUGGUGGCGCCGCGGUGACCACGGUGGUUGUUAGGGUAUUUAGCUU